AUGAACAUUGAGACUCUUGACCCCAUGUUGCGUGGCGAGGCCACCCCUGAACCCACUGACCUUGACAUGCGUGACGAUGAUGAUUUUGGCACUCAGCUGGGCGCGAACCCGCCAGAUGCCAGUCACCAGGCUGACCACCGACGAGAUAUCGAUCCGGAAUCUGAUUCCGAGUUGUCAGAACUUCCAGACGAUCCUCUGGAGUUCCUUAGGAUCUUGCAGGAUACUGUAUUCUCGCGAGAAAAUACAAUGGACUUUGCCCGUCGGAUCUUUGCUUCAGAAGGCAUUGCUACCGGCCACUUCACCACCGUCAUCUACCUCGAAACGCUCCGCAGACUUCAGGCUACCCCCACCGCCGGUUUGAUUGCCCCGAUCGAUUUGGCCGCGGCAAACUUCACAUUUGGGAACCACAUCCGAGGUUUCCUCCGCGAUAGGAUCCGCCAAAUCCUUACCACCCACAACGUUGACGCUUACACUCAAAACAUCAACUCCCAAGGCCGCGCAAUAGAACGCACUCCUUUGCUCAUCUUGAGAGCCCACGUCGAUGCCCAAGAGCCUGCAUUUUGGGCCGAUUUCCUCCCAGCCGGAUAUCCUGAAGACCAAUCGGCCCAGCUCACCGUGAUGAGAUUCAUGCGUGUUCUUUUGAAGCACGAACGAGGCCAACUCCGCAAUUUGAUCUCUUGUCAGCUGUUGACCAACAUCAAGGCAUAUGGCCGACGCUUGAUUGAAGGCUCAGUGCCACCUCUCAUGGACCUUAUAGUCAUAAUCGACAGGGGAAUGGCCUCCCAUGGGCGUCCUCGGCCCGUCGCAGCCAUUCGCCAGGCUUACGAUGGCACCACUAAGAUCCGAAUCGCAUUCUUGAGGCUGGCUAUGGCGGAGAACUUGUCGCCUGGAGCAUGUCUCCAGGCAGAGCAUUGCUUAUCAACGCACGUUUAG